AUGUCCGCCCAGGACGAAUUUAACCAGCUGGUGAACAGUAACCGUUCCCGCUUCGCCACCCACCCUGAAGACCACGAACACAACAAUCACUCAGACUCAGACGCCCAGUACUCCGACGAAGCAACAACCAAAAACCUCCGCCAGCGCAAAAUCCACGACUCCUCCGACGAGGAAGACUUCUCAGACGACAACAUGGUCUCGUCCCGGACGGCGAACUACCACGUGCCGAAUACCGUCUACGACGCUAAUACCGGUCCGAAGGGUGUCAUUGCCGAUGCGCAGGCCUUUGAACGGGCGAGGAAGAAGUCGUUCCGUCGUACGCUCCUUAAUGCUGCCGGAUUUGACGGCAAUGGGCCCUCUUUCGGUGCAAAGACCCGCGAUGACUCGCCGCAUGCUGAGGCGUCCUCGGCUAGCGACGACGACGAUGAGGCGCGGUUCCUGCGGAAGUGGCGGGCGUCGAGGAUGCAGGAGCUGCAGGGCCGCGGUCACCGUCGAUUGAGUCCCCGCGGGAGACGGUUUGGGUCUGUUGAGAAUGUUGAUGCGGUGGGGUAUCUUGAUGCCAUUGAGAAGGUUACUUCUGAGACGGUUGUUGUUGUUUGUAUCUAUGACCACAAGUCGGAUGACAGCGCCAUCGUGGAAGAAUGCCUCGUCACUAUCGCCCGCAGACAACCCACUACCCGCUUCGUCAAGUUGCAUCAGGAUAUCGCUGAGAUGGAUCAUAUCAAGGCCCCUGCUAUCCUAGCCUACCGGGGUGGCGACGUCUUCGCUACCAUUGUCGAUGUCCUGCGCAGCAUUCCCCGUGGUCGGAGCUGCAGCGCUGAUAGUCUAGAAGACCUCCUGAAGCUAAAUCGUGUGCUUUGA